GGACAGUGGUCCUGCCUGCUUGAGGCAGCGGGGAACAUGAAUCAGAGAGGUCAGCUGCUCAGUCAGGGUGCAGGACUGGAAUCGGAAUCUGCCAGUGAAGCCUCUGUCCAGGGACUUCAGACAGUUGCUUCUUUACCUCUAACCUCAGUAUAUCCUUUUACAUGCAAGUACUUUGGGGAAAACCUAGUGUUAAGCUAUACACUUAUCUUCCCUAUUCUUGAGCUGUUGGAGAGGAAGAUGAAAAGGCAGGACUCCAGGGAGGAAGGUAUGAGAGGUGGGAGUGUUAAAAAGGUCAGCAGAGAAGAAGAGGGUCAGAGUGGAAUUGAGACAGAGGCAGGAGAUUAUGGGACCAGGGAAGCACUUGAGAUGUGCUGUGAGUUUAACAAAUAGGAGGGAGGGUAAAGUUUUGUCAUUUCGGGGACCCCUGAGCACCUGGGCGGAUGGGCAGCAGCAGACACCCUUGGCAGCUCUUUGAAUCUCAUGCAAGAAGCCAAAGGACCCAAGGAAUGACUUUUGCUUCCCCAGACAAGCAAGGGAUGGUUUAUUUGGUUUUGAAUUUUGGGCUUAAGGUAUUUAUGCUGCCGUGUCUUUAUGGGUUUUGUUUUUUCCUCCCAAAGUAUCUAUUGCCAGAGGAGAUUUGCACAUAUGAUUAGUGGAUAUAGAAGUAAUCCCCUAUUUGAUAAAUUAGUCAGCAUCUGCCUCUGCUUUCUUGGCAUGAGUCCAGCAGAAGUAUUGCAUACAUGUGCGCAGCCGAGAGUGUGUGUAUGUGUGUGAGCGUGUGUGAGGUGUUCCUGGGAGCAGUGACACGGUGGGGAUAUCAGAUAAGACCAGGGGAAAACCAGUGGGUUGCGGGAAGGAUCAGCAGAGUGGGCGUUUCCGGGUACGAGCGAGGACACUUUCACUUUCUCAUGAGUCACCUGCAGCUGUCACAUGCUGACGCCUGUGGGCCGAAGCUCACCAACUCCCCGACAGUGAUUGUCAUGGUGGGGCUCCCCGCCCGCGGGAAGACCUACAUCUCCAAGAAGCUAACCCGCUACCUCAACUGGAUCGGUGUCCCCACGAAAGUGUUCAACGUGGGCGAGUACCGCCGGGAGGCCGUGAAGCAGUACAGCUCCUACAACUUCUUCCGCCCCGACAACGAGGAGGCCAUGAAAGUCCGCAAGCAGUGCGCCCUGGCUGCCUUGAGAGACGUCAAAAGUUACCUGACGAAGGAGGGGGGCCAGAUCGCAGUUUUCGAUGCCACCAAUACUACUCGAGAGAGGAGACACAUGAUCCUCCAUUUUGCCAAAGAAAGCGACUUCAAGGUGUUUUUCAUUGAGUCUGUGUGCGAUGACCCUACAGUUGUUGCCUCCAACAUCAUGGAAGUGAAAAUCUCCAGCCCGGAUUACAAAGAUUGCAACUCCGCAGAAGCCAUGGACGACUUCAUGAAGAGAAUUAACUGCUAUGAGGCCAGUUACCAGCCCCUCGACCCCGAUAAAUGUGACAGGGACCUGUCGCUGAUUAAGGUGAUCGAUGUGGGCCGGCGCUUCCUGGUGAACCGUGUGCAGGAUCACAUCCAGAGCCGCAUCGUGUACUACCUGAUGAACAUCCACGUGCAGCCCCGCACCAUCUACCUGUGCCGGCAUGGCGAGAGCGAGCACAACCUCCAGGGCAAGAUCGGGGGCGACUCGGGCUUGUCCAGCCGGGGCAGGAAGUUCGCCAACGCCCUGAGCAAGUUCGUGGAGGAGCAGAACCUGAAGGACCUCAAGGUGUGGACCAGCCAGCUGAAGAGCACCAUCCAGACGGCCGAGGCCCUGCAGCUGCCCUACGAGCAGUGGAAGGCCCUCAACGAGAUCGACGCAGGCGUGUGUGAGGAGAUGACCUACGAGGAGAUCAAGGACACCUACCCCGAGGAGUACGCGCUGCGUGAGCAGGACAAGUACUACUACCGCUAUCCCACCGGGGAGUCCUACCAGGACCUGGUGCAGCGUUUGGAGCCGGUCAUCAUGGAACUGGAGCGGCAGGAGAACGUGCUGGUCAUCUGCCACCAGGCCGUACUGCGCUGCCUCCUGGCCUACUUCCUGGACAAGAGCGCAGAGGAGAUGCCCUACCUGAAGUGCCCACUUCACGCUGUCUUGAAGCUGACGCCCAUCGCUUAUGGUUGCCGAGUAGAAUCCAUCUACCUGAACGUGGAGUCCGUGAGCACACACCGGGAGAGGUCAGAGGAUGCAAAGAAGGGACCUAACCCGCUCAUGAGACGCAAUAGUGUCACCCCACUAGCCAGCCCCGAGCCCACCAAAAAGCCUCGCAUCAACAGCUUUGAGGAGCAUGUGGCCUCUACCUCCGCUGCCCUGCCCACCUGCCUGCCCCCGGAGGUGCCCACGCAGCUGCCCGGACAACCUUUGCUAGGGAAAGCCUGUUUACGAACUGUCUGUCACAUUUUCUCAAAGUUCUCUCCUUACUAACCUUGGCAAGAACAUGAAAGGCUCCCCGGGCAGCGUGGACGCCUCCAGGAUGCACUGACCGCCCCGCUCCCCGCACCCGGCUCCCGCCCUUCCGUCUGCCCACGGCCAGCGAUCCGAGGACGUCUCGCAGAGUGGAGCGGGGCAGAGGGCAGCACGGAGGAGGGGCUGCUGCUCCAGGGGGACCGGGCCCCCGCCUGCCCCUGCUCCCCCAGCCUUCAGGCCGCUCACCCCAUGGACCCCAAGUGGCUCGGGAAGGACCAUGCACAGAGGAGGCAGGAUGGGGUGCUCCCUGCGGGCUUGUUCAUCUCGUUCUGUACCUGCCCCGCUGGGGGUGAUGCUGGUCCUCGCCUCCUAACCUUAAGGGGGGCCAGGCUCUCAGCCGCUGAGGGUCAAGGGAAUGAAAACUUCCAAGAGGCUCCUUGGCCUGGACGUUGCCUCCUGCAGGGAAGCUCACGGCUUGAGCUGGGUGGGGCUCACCCAGGAGAGCCGGUCCUGCAGCUAAAGAGAGGAGCCCUGCGCUGGACCCGCUGGUCAGCCAGGCAGCAGCCCCUCUGCAUGUCGCCUACCCUUCCCAGUCUGUCCUGCCUCUGAGGAGGGCGUGGGACAGUCUGGCAGGAGGAAACACAUUGCUGAAACAGCCCCGGGGGCCUCGCCUCCCAGCGCAAGUUCCUCCCUCGGCUCCCAGGCCUGCUGGCUCAUGCACUUUCUUAACGGCAGAGACUGUGACCUGAAACAUCUCACCUUUGGCAACUGAAGAUGCUCGGGGUUUGUGCCCUUGGGGCUGGAGCUGUGGAAGGUUGUGGGAGCCAGGCGUGCCUCUGAGGAGGUGAGGGGAUACCCCCAUCCCUAAAUGGCUGGGCAGGGAGCAUUGGGAUUGUUGCUAGACUGACUCUGGGCGACAGCAUGCGGAACAAUGACCUGGCCCCCUCCUUCGGGACGUUCAUCCCCUCCUGUGCUUCCUGGGUGCGGCCCAAGCCAGGCCUCACUCGUGGCCACGUCCUCCGGGAGGCUGGCCGUAGGAUGCCGAGCAGUGCCCUGCGUGCGUGCGGAGACCCGCUGCCCCGGGCGGGUCUGGAGGAGAGGACGUCCUUGUCCUCCAUGGCACCUGUGGCAUUUCUAGUGGGGGGCGGUCAGAGCAGGCUGUGGGCACGUGGUUCUGAACACCUCUAGUUUCUGCCUGCUGGUCUUCCCCUGGGGCCUCUGGGCACUCAAGGGGGUCGAGGCCCAGGAGAAGCGGUGUGAACUGAGGAAGAUCUUGUCCAGUGACCCUUUUCAGAAUCUUGAGAAGCCGGUGCCAAAGGUCACCUUCUCUUCCUGCCUUUCCUGCUCCUUCCCCCUCUUAGCUUGUGAAGUAGUCACGGGGGUGGGGGGCCGGUUAGACAGCUGGAGCCUGGAGUAGGGAGAGGAGCUGUUUUCAUUUGUAUUUUUUUGUUUGAGAGGAGCUUGUAGAAGAAAAAUGCAUGUUUCUCUGGUUGGGACUCAGUGGGGAGCGGGGACAGGAUUCAGAGGCCCUGCAAUCAGGUGUGUGGGUUUCACAUCAAACUGUUCAAGCCCUCCCAUCCCUGGCCAUCUUCCCAAGAGGAUGUCUGUCUACGUUCCUGUGCAGCGCUUGUGUUACUCUGCCUCUUUGCUGCUGCCUUGUCGUCGCGCGUGCUGUGUGCGUGUCUGAGAGUGUGUGUCUGUGCGCGUGUUUAGAUGAGGGGCCUGCUGUCCUCCUGAGAACGGCUCUUACGUCCACCUUCUGGCUCCUCCUCUGGUGUUUGGAGCCGACCCUGAAUUUCGACUCUUGACGGCUUAUCUGAAUGCUUACCCUGGCCUCUGACUGCCCGAAAUCACUGCAUUUACAUAGGAGGCCUGGCCUGACCGGGACCUUGGUUUGCAGGGGCCUUGAUGUGGAGAGAGAACCUCAGUGUGGGGGGAAGGUGCGGGACAGGCAGAGAGCAGAGGCUGGGGGUCCCGGGCUAGAGACCCGACUUCCAGGGAAGGAGGGGCGGGCAGAGGCUGUGUCUGAGCCGCAGUCGCAGGGCUUCUGCCUCGCUGACCGCUGGCUCUCACUCCCCUCCCCCAGAAGAUUCUGGGACCAAUAUUUUUAACUUCGCUUAUUCGUUUUGGGGUGGGCUUGCCCCUCCCCUUCUUCUUUCCUGAGACUGUGGGCAAAGCUCUUCAUUUGGGGGUGGGGAAGAAAGACUGUUUGAACCACGCCAAUGACGUUUUCGUUUCUAAUACUUGAAAUUUAUUUUUUUAUUAUUUUGAUAGCAGAUGUGCUAUUUAUUUAUUUAAUAUGUAUAAGGGAUCCUGACAAUGGAAAGCUGUAUAGAUUGGGUUUUGUUGGUUGUGGGCUUGGGGGCCUUUUACGUGUGACUUCUGACUUCUCUGUGUUCUCUAUAAAUUUGUCCGAAUUAAUUACCUGGCAUGAAGCUGUGCCAGCUUUCAAACGGAAAGCCUGUCGGAAAUUUGUAUAUUUUGCAGUUGCCAGAACAAUAAAAUACCUGGUUGAAAUACA